GAGCGGCGACGAGCCACAGAAAAGCAUGAGGGCGUGCCGGUGCCGCCGCUUGAGGGGUGUGUGUGCCUUGAUGUUGUGUCUGAUGCUGGCUCUGCACGUGCUGGUAAUUGUCCUGGUCCUGUGGAUGUUCCCUUCAACCUGCGAGCCCAUUGAAGGGCCUCAAUCUCAAGCUCGACCCCGCAACCUCACCCCAGACAGCCUCGCACGCUCCGGCUCUAGCGGCAGAGCUAAUCCUGUGAAACAAAGGCUUGUGGAAGCUGCUGAUCUCGCCAAGCUGCAGGCCUUAUUCUCCCACGCACUGUAUACCCAGUGUUCCCUGUCCAGUCCUGAUGACGACACGCUGCUGCGAGUCCGAACCCAGAAGGCAGAGCAGUCCGACGACGACCAGUGGGUAAGUACCAGCAGGGAGGGCUACGAUCCUAUCCAGUGGAACGGCAGUACAGAGACCCACCCCCCCUGGCUUCGGUUCCACCUCGGCAUCUCCCGUUGGCAGCUGUAUCAGCACAGGGACGCGAACCUGCCUGCGCUCGUGGACCAGCUGUCGACCCACCGCAUCAUCAGCGCAGUUCAGAAAUCAGGAGGAACGCAGCUGAAGUUGAUGAUUACGUUUUCAAACUAUGGACAGGCGCUCUUCAAGCCCAUGAAACAGGGGAGGUAUGACGAGACUAACGUGAAUCUGUAUUAUUUCUCGGACUUCGAGAGACACAAUGCUGAAAUCGCAGCCUUUCACCUAGACAGGAUUCUGGGUUUCCGGCGUGUCCCCCCGGUUGUGGGACGACUCGUUAAUGUGAUUAAGGAAAUUAAGGACAUCACCACUGACCACAGACUGGCCAGGACCUUCUUCGAUUCUCCAGUGGGAAAUACGUGCUUUUACGGCCAGUGCUCAUACUAUUGUUCUACGGAGCAUGCAGUGUGCGGCCGACCCCGUGCUCUCGAGGGCUCUUUAGCAGCCAUGUUGCCUGACCUUUCACUCGCGCCUCGCCGCACCUGGAGGAACCCUUGGAGGCGCUCGUACAGCCGCAGUAAGCUUGCCCUGUGGGAGCAGACCCCAUCAUACUGCGACGCGGUGAAAAAGACUCCUCCCUACGACCGAGGCACAAGACUGCUGGAUCUCAUCGACAUGACCAUUUUGGACUUUUUGCAAAGUAACAUGGACAGGCACCACUAUGAAACAUUUGAAAUUUUCGGCAACAACACUUUCCUUUUGCAUUUAGACAACGGAAGAGCGUUCGGUCGUCAUUCUAAAGAUGAGCCAUCAAUACUCACUCCUCUUGUGCAGUGCUGCAGAAUCCGCCGUUCCACGCUUCUUCGCCUGCAGCUGCUCUCUUCCUCUCAGUACCGUUUGAGUGACGUCAUGCGGGCAUCUCUCUCUCAGGAUCCGCUCUCAGCCGUGGCCCCCCUCCUCACCGAGCAUCACCUUGCCGCUUUAGACCGCCGUCUGGCUACGGUGCUUCAGACCGUCGAGCGCUGUCUCUCACAGCACAAACACCACCACGACGUCAUUUACGAUGAUAUCACUGACUACUCAGGAUAGAAAAGUGCUUUCUGUUAUUGAAGUGUUGCUGACUAAUUUGUUUCCAGUAAUGACUAUAUUUAAUGUCAAUGUAGUAUUGCAAAAUGCAGCAUGAAGGACUAAAAAUGUGACUGUUUCAAAUGGAAGAUUUCACAAGAACACUUCUUCUUCUUGAGCAGAGACGCUACUUGUUGAUUUCUAUUAUAUAUUCAUUUAUAUAAUAAAGCACGUCUUAUGUUUUUA